AAAAUAAAAAUUAGACGCAGAAACUGCGGAGUGGUAAGUGUGGGAAGAAGAUAUUUUUCUGCUGUUUUUGAUUUUGGUUUUGGGGGCGCAGAGCAAGUUAGUUUGUGAAUCUUUUGCAUGAAAACGGCGUCGUAAUCAUUCAUUCGUUCAUACGUAUUGGGAGAGCAUGAAAACCCCGAUUUCGGGUUUCUAUCGAAACCCUGUUAAGUUCAGAAUGCCAACUGCAGAGAACUUGGUUCCCAUUCGAUUGGAUAUCGAAAUAGAAGGGCAGAGAUACAAAGACGCAUUCACUUGGAACCCUUCUGAUCCCGACUCCGAGGUUGUGGUCUUUGCAAAAAGGACUGUUAAAGACUUGAAGCUCCCUCCCGCCUUUGUUACACAAAUUGCUCAAUCUAUUCAAUCACAGCUCUUGGAGUUUAGAUCCUAUGAAGGCCAGGAUAUGUAUGCUGGGGAGAAGAUUGUUCCGAUCAAGCUCGAUCUUCGUGUUAAUCAUACGCUUGUGAAGGACCAGUUUUUAUGGGACUUGAACAACUUUGAGAGUGACCCUGAAGAGUUUGCUAGAAUCUUCUGCAAGGACAUGGGCAUUGAAGAUCCUGAGGUUGGACCAGCUAUUGCCUUUGCUAUCAGAGAGCAACUUUAUGAGAUCGCAAUUCAAAGUGUGGUCUCAGCAAGAGAAAGCAGAAUGAGCAAGAAGGGUCGUCGAGGGGCUGAAUAUACUCCGAUCAGUAGAGGAGGUGCUGUAGCAGUGGACUUGGUCAAGUUAUUUGGUCCGAAAUCUAGUGUAGUCCGGAAAAGAAAGGAGUGGGACGUGUAUGAACCUAUUGUGGACCUACUUUCCAAUGAGGAAGUUGAUGCCCUUGAAGCAAAGGAAGAGAGAAAUUUCAGGUGAAUUGGCUCCGUGAUCAGCCACACCAUAUCAGAAGGGUAUAAUAGUACUAUGAUAAGCAUAAAUAGGAAGGUUAGAGUUUGAAGAUUUUGUAUUAUAUGAAAGCUGGGUAUCAUUUGAUUUCUUUGGAUGUAAUCUUGUAGUGUCUUAUUUACAUUCUCUGUACCCAAAGCGAAGGAAAAAAAGUGUUCACAUC